GCCGCUUCUCUCUCCGGUUCAGAGGAAUAAAAACACGCUUUACUCCCUGGUUUACAACAUUCAUUGUUUUUCGUGAAAAGCAAAAAGAUUCUUCGCCGUGCUUUUUUAUAUUUGUGGCUCCUUUUUUGACGUGAAAUCAAGUUUUCCCCCACCCCUCCAAAACCGGGAUAACGAGAGUUUUACGCAUUGAGGCAGCCAUAAGGACAUCACAUCAGUUUCUUUUGUGUUUUUUUUUAUUCUCUCCAAUAAAACAAGGAAUAUUUAUCCCGAUGGGGAAUUACAGGCAACGACUUUAAUUUGCCGAAAUGUGUUUAAAGAUUUUCCCUUUUCAGUCGUAAUCAGGAGCGUGUUUGACCGACCUCAUUGUCCUGAGCGCGCUUACUCUCCACAUGGCACAAAACGUUUUCCGAGCUGAAUAAAGUAAUUCAAUUAGUCCCGAUUUGAUCCACACAAACUAUAUUGACCUUGGAUGUAGUGAAGACUGUGACCCUGCAUGGGAGCUGAACUGUCUCCUGUCAUCUUUAUUUUCUCCGGAAUGGCAUUUCACUGGAAGUAGCCUUCAUAGUGGAAGAUGGCUGUUUACUUUCCCCCAGGUUGCAGCCUGAUCCACCUCGAUGCCUAAUGGCACACUGACAGUGAAAACUCGGCUUUUGUGAAAGGUUAAGUAUGACUGCAGCAGCAGGUGUACUAACAGGCUUGGCUAAGCUAAAACGCCAAGACUCUGCCCGCUCUCAGCACCGGUCCAUACCACCUACAUCGCCAGGCCUGGGAAACCCCACCCCAGAGGCUGCUCCCAGAAAGCGGAAGCGACGUGCUGAUGUUGUAGUGGUGCGCGGCAGGCUCCGCCUCUACUCCGCCUCCGGUUUUUUCCUCCUCCUCGGACUGGUCAUCCUGGCCAUAGGGAUUGGUAUGGCAACACUUGGCUACUGGCCACACAGUGAAACCAUGUCCUCAGCCAAAACACCAACUGGAGGAGGUUCUAAGGCAGAAAUUUCAGGAGGAGCCAAAACAUCUGCUGUCACAGAGGGGGCCAUUGGUAACUCUAGCCAAAGUCAUAAUGUGCAAGGUACACCCUCUAAGCAGACUGGGGGUGCUCUGACGCGGUUCUUGGAACAGCAUCGUCACUCUGAGAGGAUGAAAAUGUUCGGGCCCUUCACCAUGGGCAUUGGGAUUUUUAUUUUCAUCUGCGCUAAUGCCAUUCUUCAUGAAAACAGAGACAGAGAAACUAAGAUAAUCCAUAUGAGAGACAUGUACUCCACAGUCAUCGACAUCCAUCACCUCAGACAGAGAGAGCAAAAGCAACACCUUCACCGCAACAGCACCUAUGCAAGAGAAGUUGGGGAUCUUCGAGCCUUCAGCGCUGAGAAUGCCACCGCGGUUCGGAUGGCCAGCAACUCCCUCCUCGCCUUCUCUCGGGCUGGAGGAGGAGGAGGGUCUACAGAGGAGGAGGAGGUGCUGUUAGGGGACGAGGAGUUUCACAGACACAGGGAGCAUGCUAAGUUGGAUUGUAGCUUUGCAGGACUUUUGGCGCCGCUCUACAAGGAUCGGCCCUUCUGUGGCCCGGGGAUCGGGUUGACUCACUCAGAUUCUGUACGCCGCCAGUGGUCUGUGGAUGGAGAUAGGGAGAAGGGAGGACACCACGCUCGCUCCAUUGUCUCCUCCUCUAUCUCUGCGUUCACUCUCCCCGUUAUAAAACUCAACAACUGUGUUAUUGACGAACCGGAGAUGGAGGCAAUUACAGAGGAGGAAAGAGGAGGAGAGAGAGGGCAUGGUGAGAGGUCACAACCUCUGAGCUCCAAGGAGUCCUUGGCGGUUCCUGUAGCAUCUGUUGCCAAGGCCUCUAAACCACCAGGCUUACAUCGGAGUAGCUCCGCCUCUUCUUCAUCCCACUGCUCCUCUAUCUCCUCUACUUCCCUCUCCCCAGCCCCCUCGUCUACCUCAGGCUGCUGGCUUUCCCCAGGAGCAGCAAGGAGUGACUUUGGCUCCAACUCCUCUCUACACAUGCUCAGCAGCCACUCCAAAUCUCUGGACCUGGAGCGUGGGCAGAGCAUGCUUAGCGUACAUCCGGAGCAGCGGAAGCACCCCAGCUGGCCCCGCCUCGACCGUAGCAACAGCAGCCAGAGUAACAGUGGUAAUCGGGGCAGCACUAAAGGCUACAUGAGGCUGGAGGACAGGGAGGAACAAGGGGAGAGGUUGUUGGAUUUGUCACCGUCGAUGAUAGCGAGGCGUGACUAUAGUAAACGAGAGAAGCUGCUAAUGAUAUCAAGGUCACAUAAUAAUCUAAGCUUUGAGCAUGAUGAUUUUAAUAGCAGUGCACUGAAAAGGGGCAGCUCUGAGACUCGAUUCUGAGGACAAUGAUCUGAAGGUUGUAGACCGUUCUGUCCUGUUCUGUUAAUUGCUCUCCAGAAAGUUUGAGUGUACAGCACUUUGUGUCAUGGGGAAACUGUCGAGUUUAACAGUUGCACCCUGAAGAUAUGGAACUCAAACAUGAUUUCAAAGACACUUUUUACAAGUAGCAGGCUGGAGAGUAGUGAAUAGCAGACUAUCUAGUGCAGUAAAAGGUUCAGGCCUCAUGUUAGCAAGACAAUGAAUGCCGACUGUACCAGGUGCAGAAUUGCUGUUCUGUAGAUGACCCUGACCUGUUGUCUGGCAAGUGAAAAGAUAAGUUCGAUACAGGGAUCAAUAAAAAAAUCACAUUACAUGAACAGUCUAUAAAAAAGGAGUUCUAAUAAAGUUUUACCAGGAUCUCAACCCAGAGAUAAGGCUUUAGGAUCAACACUGUUUCAUCAGUGAUGUUGAUAGGUAUCCAUCCUGCAUUACAAUAUAUGGCAGAGACGAGGUUUAAAGACCAACAGGUAUUGAUAUUAGUGGUAAAGUAUUAGUUUUAAAGGUGGUUUAUGUGUGUCUAUGUGUCUGUUUGAUCCUCAUAUAGAAGUAGAUGUAGAGAUUGGUCCUCACCAAGAGUAAAGUCUGACAAAACCAUUUACUACACUGUCAAUACACAGCAGCAAGAGGUGUAUCAAGGUGCAAGUUGCCCUACAGUUAUUGCUGCUGUUUCCCAAGAACUAUAGUAAUAACUUGUGGCUGCAACUAUGGAUCAUCAAUCUUUAGUGUCCUUGGUGACUGAGUAACAAGAACGGACACAUUUUCUAUGGCUGUGUUACAGGCAUCUUAAGCUUAUUUCUUACAAGCGUCUAUCUUGAUUAGAUUUCACUCAGGAUAUACAGUCAAUUAAUCACAAACCUAGACAGUAUGUGAGAAAUUCCUUGUAUGUGAUUAGUAGCAAUUACUUGGAUUGCUGAUUAAUCAAUAUUGCUUUCAGUGGGUUAAUUAACUUAAUUAAUGUUCAUGGAAAAUCAGAUUCACCAGAAUCUAAAGUGAUGUCUAAAAUUUGCAAAGGAAAUAAUCACAUUUGAGAACCACUAACCAGGAACUCUUGGACAGUUCUACUUGAUAAAUUACUUCAAUAAUAGAUCUAUUGUGAAAGUUAUUGUAAAAUCAACACACUUUUAGGCUCUACGCUAGUGAAAAUACAGCAUAUGAAACAAAAAUCAUUAUAACAGUUGUACUGCCGUGGCACCUGAGCCAACAAUGAAUCACUAACUAUACAUUUAUCUUUUGCUAUCUUUAUAAAUCCAGGGAGCUGUAAUAAUGAGCCAUGCAGUUUUCUGUCAAGAUCCUCAUUUGAUGAUGCAUCUUGUGUUGCUUGAUAAUUUUACAUUUUUGAGGUGAUAUUUGCAGGUUUGAGUUCAGGAAUUCAGCUACUGAGCAACAUUGUAAUAAUGUCUUGGCACAGUGUUGUUUUUUUUAUAAGCAUAUCUCACAAUAUGUUCAAAAGGUGUGUUGUCCUAAACUGAAUUCAUUACUUGCUCAGCUGUCUAUCUGUCCCAGCUCAUAUGAUGAUCCAUUUUGCUGUUUUUGAGGUUCUGUUUGGUUUAAAAAUUCUGUCCUUUUUAUCUAUAAAUGUAAUUAGGGAAAUCUUCCAUAUUGCUUUUAAUGCAACACAUGCAAACAGUAAAGAAUCUUGUUUUGAACAUGAUGUUCAUUGUCGGUGAUUGACACCACACAUGUUGAAAAAGACAAGAGUGCAGGAAUCUUAACACAGAGCUUCAUUAACCGGUUUAUAGCAGUUUAUGAGUCAAUGUCCAAUUUUAUCCUCUCUGAAAAUAAACUGCAAUUUCACUGAAA